UGUUUCAUGUGAAGACGGAAGUUUAAUUUGAAAAGACUUGACACGUGUUGCUGGCUUUCUCGUAGAAAAACGCCCAAAAAAUGAAGAGUGACUUUUAGUAAGAUAUCAUGUGAACCGUUGUAUUAGGAUACGUUGACUUAGGAUACACCACCUAGAGGCGCUAAAGGACAAAAAGAAUGAACUAUGCCUUAUACGGGUCCUGUCAUCAAUACAGAUUGGAAAUAAAAUUAGAUUACCGUCAUUAUAAGUAAAAGAUCUUGGUCAUGUAAAAGAAGAAGUGUAUGUGAUCAGUGCUCUCCCUUUUCUCGCACCAGGCAUAUGGGGCCAUGUGUGUGCAGGUCAGUUCUAUUUGUAUAAACUGGGUCCGUACCGCUCAAGGCCUGGGAUCAGUGUGUGUGUGGUUGUAUGCGUGUGUUGAAACAGUAUAAGGGGGCUAGGAUGACAUCCUCCUGUUGUUUGACGGGUGACAUGAAAAUGAAGAUGGAACAAAUGUGCAACACUAGCAAUAGGGCCCAACAAUUCACCAGAUUUCUUUUAAACUGACGUUAUUAAUCUCUAUCUGACCUAAAUGUAUUCUUAUUGUAAUAUUCAAUACAUAAAUUGUCUGAAUCCUGCAAAGCUACUACAACCAAUGCCAUCUAACUAGACCUCUAGCAUUGUUACCUUUAUCAGGAUAACAUAUCAGCAGUCAAUCACCAUACUCACCAUAGAUUUAGCACAACACACUCAUGUGUAGCACAUUUGAAAGGAAUCCAAACGUCUCUGUAAAAUGAAACCAGCAUAGAUUCAUAAGCAUGACUGAACAGUGAACAUGUUCGUCGACUGCAUGGGAGCGAAUUAGGGUUCGUGCUCAUCCACAGACUCCAACAAUAACACUGGGAUCACGUUCACAUUGUAGAUGCAACUCAGUUUCCAGAGGCAGAGCUGCUCCUGAGGCGGAAAUAAUCCCAGAAGGCAAAGCCCGAUCAUUUACAAUACAAAAAAUAACCAUAACUAAAGUUUUAAUUUGUGACUGUAAUUGCUAUCUUACCCAGAAAGUUAGGCUAGCUUGAAGUCAACUGGGCUAAACUAGCUAACGUAGAUGUUCAACACAAGAUACAGUCGAGGAAACCAAUAGCAAGCGUGGUAGAAACUGAUUUUAUGGCUAGAAUGUUUGCUAACACACAUCCAAUCCGGCCAACAUUUGGUUUAUAGAUGCUAGAAGGUCUAUUUUCUUCACCGGAUAGUUUACUUAGCGUCUCUGCCAUUUUGGUGUCAGCAGGAAGCCUUGGCUAGUCAGAGCUUUUGUAUUGAGACCUGCGGGACUAAACUAAUAAGUAAACUAAACAAUGGAUUAGCUAAAAGAGGCAGAUUGAGUAAAAAGCCAAAAGUAAUAUUUAAAGGUGCUACAUUUUUAAUUCAGAGCAUUAAUAUAGCAGCAAAUAGUGAUUUGCCGUGUAAAGAUAUUGUGGAGUAAUGGCGUCCUGAGCAGAUAAUGAAGUCAUUCUCCUUGUGUGUGUUGUAAUCCGAGCGUCUCUGUGCAGUCCGUUCUCGUGUGCAUGUUAGUCCCAUUAUGUGUGCCCCACUGGCUAGCUAAUCGCUGCCGCUCUGCACUGCGCUCGUACGGCGAUGCGUCGUCCCGAACCCAUGGCGUUGUUGCGGAAGCUUAGCGCUCAGGUUAACAAUGUUAGCUCUGUCAGCACUGUUUUUGCUGUUAGCACUGUUAGCUUAUAGCCGCUGGCUCAUCGCGUGGAGGCAAUCCCUCUAUCAUAGAUUGGCCUAUGCUCCGAAUUUUUUGAUUUAGUACCAUUAAAGUUUGAGAUGUGGUCACUUGAGAAAUUGUCCAUCUGGCCCUUUGAGGUAAAAAUAUUGAACUUUUUAAAGUUCUGUACAUUGUAAAUUUCAACUUCAUAAUCUGAAAAUCUAACAAAACCCUGAAAGACGUUUGAAUGUCAUAGACCUAAAGUAAAUAAUUGGGAAAACUGGAUAAGGUUGAUGCAGCCUCAAAACAAAACAGAUUGUGGUAACAGAUAGCAGCGCCAUGUUGCUGAGACCGCCACAUUUAAGGACAGAGACACUGACGCAGCAAGAUGCUUGAAACAAACAGGCACAGAAUACAAACUGCAAGAUCGAACGCUUGUCCACCAGCAGCCCUGUGUGCUGCCGAAUUAAAAAGAUUUCAAGGACAUUUUAAAAUAAACACAAUGCUAGAAACGCUAUAGUGCAAUUAGUGAUCGGGCCGUUAAGAGCAGGGUGCGGCUGUUGUUAAUUCAUUAUGUAAGAGCAGUAAGGCAGACAGGUAGGCUUGCUAGCUUCUCCUGUUUCACUGUGCAGAUGCCAACCGUGAGUCUUCGUUAAAGUGUACUGGAGGUGCUGAAUAUCACAUAUCAACACUCGACACCAGCUGCUGUGCACUCUGGGAAUUCCACUCGGUAGGCCUGGAUUUGCAUAUGGACAAGAUAUUGAGACUCUUAUGGGAAUUCUACAUCAUGAUAAUGGUUUAAUGCUUAAAACAUUUGUUGUUUUUGUGUUGUGUACGUGCUUCAUACAUUGAACUAUUAACAUUUUCACAACCUCUAUUUACAGCGUCUCCUCUUCUCCUCGUGAUCAGUAGCCUGCAGUUUAGCCGAAGUUUCACUGAAUUUUUGUCACGUGAUUGUUGGACUCACCCGAGUCAAUCAUAGCUUCCUAGUUGCCCUGAGUAGCGCAGAAUUUUAUGUUUUUUACAGUAUCUGGUUAAAUCAAAAUGUGUAUUCGGGCCGAGUUUUUAAAUGAGAAAUGUAGAAUAAAAUGUUUUUGAUGAAAUGCUUUGCUUUGUUGUGGUUGCGUUUUCUGACGGAAGAGGUCGUCGCACAUGGUGUCUUCAAAGAAUGUUGGACAGAUGGAAAUCUGACGAUAAUGACGUUUUUUGUACAGCUUCUGGCUAAGACAAACGGUGUAGUGUUGGCGAUUGUUUAAAGAAAACAAAACCCCGGGUUUUGGGGUUCAGAGGGUACCAAAACCCCUGUUGCUGCUGUUGAAAAAAAGCUGAAAGAAAACAUUCAAAAGCCUAACUUUGCUACCAUCAUACAGGCUUACAAAAACUCCUAACACACAGGCAGCUAUUUUCUAUUGUAGACUGAAGUGCAAAGCUAAGUCAGCUCUGUGUGACUGGCAGCCUUGACCCUUGUUUGACACGUGUGUGAUGUAUUUGACACAUCGGUGUCACCUGUGAGAAAUGAUUCCACAGUGACGGGAACUGGCCUGUGUUCGUGUUUAUCUGCACAUGCAACUUCCUCGCAGUGUUUAGAUAAAUGUGUAACAUUAGACCAGAAUGCUUUAUUCUCGUUCAGUCAAUUGGGAAUCCUUCAUGCUGAACCCCAACUGGGCCAGUGAUCUCACACUGAACACCAGCUCAGCUCCUGUUUAAGCUCCAAUAUGAGAACGUGUUGAAAUCGGCCGGAUGCAGCGAUACCCCCCGAUUACUGUUGCAUAAAGUGCUAAACUGUCGCAAGUCUAAUCCAAGCUCAGACCAUUCAGCCUGGUGGGGUAAGCAGGGUUGACUGUGUUCAGGUGGCAUUUGGGUUCAAAUGAGUGUAUACACAAAAGAGUUUGCACACCAAAAUCUACCAGAAUGCUCUUUUCAUUCUGUUUUUCAGGGGAGUGAAAUGCACAGAUGUUUCAGACAGGCCUUCUGUAACACUUCACCAAUCAUCACCAGCAGGUUUGUCAAGUGGCUAUAGGUGUCUUUAGGGUUGCCUCACCCUCUGCUCUGGUAUUCUGUGCUAUGAAGCGAAGUAGAUAAACUAGCAAGAGUACGCUAGCUUUAGAGAAAGUGAUCCAACUGAAAAACCCAGCGCGGUGUUGCUAACUCUUUUCCAAUGACAGUAACUAGCAGCAGUAGCUCCAAAAGUCGUUACAUUUAGCGGGAAAGGCGGCAACGGCGGCGGCACUGACGAGCCCGUCCCUUCAGGCCUCCCUUCAAAGCCACUCCCCCGAAAUUAUUAUUAUGAACGUAAACAUUUCAAAAUGAACGUAAAGACCGGACAUGGCUUUCGUUGGUACCAUAGACUGUAUAUAAGAAGUGGACGUAGUCAUCGUGACGUCACCCUUUUGGUUUGUGGAUUGCCUUUUUGCAACUGCUGGUCAGUGGAGAGAAUGCAAGUUCUAAAACACUUCCGCAUUGGCUUUACUCUUCGGAACCGGUGGUUGCUGCCCGGUUGGUACUCACAGCUGUCAAGCUAGCAGCUUGUGGAAGACUCCGGUGACGCACAAUGAGCAAGAAGGCAGGUGGAUAGGUAGACAGGCAGGAUGGAAUGAUACAUGUUGUUUGAAGAUUACCAACCCUAGCUUUAAUAUUUCCAUUCAGAAAACAUGUCUCUGCUGUCAGUCACAAGUGUUUAAUCUUUUAAAAACAACACUACUCUGGGAGUUUGAAAGACAAAACAAAACCUUUUUGUUAAUUAGAUAAAAAUCAAGCAGUUUUGGAAAUGAUAUCUUAACUAAAAUGAGUGUGGUGAAGGUCAUGAAUCAUGUUGUUGCUAUGCGGAGCCAUGGCAAGAUUCACCUGAAUACAGCCUGCAGGCUGGUCUGGUGGUUAGAAAGAGAAGCCCGUUUGUUAGCAUACCUCUGUUACAGCUAACAGCAGUGGUAUUUAUUUUAUUCCCUUACAGACAGUCGUCCCACAGCAGCUGCUGUCGCUGAGACAGAUGAUCGGCCACGCCGCUCCCCGAAUGUCUGCAUUGUAAUCAAAUACCCUGGUUCUUAAUCUGGGUCUGUUGCAGUCAUAUCGUGUAGGACUCAGAACAUUUAGCAGUGCAGAUCUGCAUGCCGGGCAUUUUUUAACGAUGAGUGCACCAGAAGCUACCACUUUGCAUGUAUCUCACUUGAAGGAGAGCGCUGCUGGAUUCCAAUUCUCCAAAUGUAAAGUUCAGGCUGGGAGUGCAAAAUACUAAGGCUUAGACCACAGUGGAAAGAUUGGAGUCCAUUGAUUUCCUGAACGCCGCAGCUGGUUUUAGUUUUUUAAAGGGUGCUGGCUGUGAAAAAGAGUAAAGGAAGCAGCGGUUUCAGUUAACCACCGUUGUCUUGCAACUGUUACCUGCAAGAAAAAGCAUUUUUUGGCGUGCGUGAUGAGGGCUCAUAUAUUUUGAGUGCUCCACUCGUGCUUUAUAAGAUGUGCACAGACACAGACGCGUAUGUGACUCGUGCCCUCAGGCCACGAUGGGAACAUGAAUCAUGCCUGGGUGUGUUUGUGAGCGCGGCGGAAUACAAAAUAAGCAUAAAGACCUACAAAGGGAAACACAUGGAACAAUAUAGGGGAAUCUUGUCACCUUGUAAAUACAUUUUAAGAGCUCUUUUAAUUAGCUGUGUUGUUUUAUUUUAUGUCAUCUAGAAGAGAAGACUGAGAGUCUACAGUAGUUAGCAGCUCUGUGAGAUUGUACAGCUGUGCGCUUUGAGCUAAAUGCCAGAGUCAGCAUACUAACAUUCUCACAGAUGCUAACAUGCAGAUUUUGACUAUGACUAUAGUAGUGUAUGUGUCUCCUGAUCAUUGUUCCCAUUUCACAAAGUGACACCAAUGCUUUGUGUUUUGCCAGAGUUGAAUAUGGCGUACAAUCCAUCGGACCAUCCGCGGGCCAGCACCAUAUUCCUCAGCAAAUCCCAGAACGACGGAAUGUGCGAGAUAAACGAAAAAGCCUCUUCAUCAAUAAUCACGGAACGUCGAGGCGGAAAUACAACUCCUGCUCCACCAUCUUCUUAGACGAGAACACAGUCAGCCAGCCCAACCUCAAAAACACCAUCAAAUGUGUGUCACUGGCGAUUUACUACCAUAUAAAGAACAGGGAAACAGAAGGAGGAAUGCUGGUGGAUAUAUUUGAUGAGAAGCUUCAUCCUCUUUCAAAAUCAGAGGUGCCGCCGGACUACGACCACCACGACCCAGAGCAGAAGCAAAUCUACCGGUUUGUCAGGACGUUGUUCAGCUCCGCUCAGCUCACUGCCGAGUGCGCCAUCGUCACACUGAUCUACCUGGAGAGGCUCCUGACCUACGCAGAGAUCGACAUCGGUCCGGGUAACUGGAAGAGGAUCGUCCUGGGUGCCAUCCUGCUGGCCUCCAAGGUCUGGGACGACCAGGCCGUCUGGAACGUCGACUACUGCCAGAUCCUCAAGGACAUCACUGUGGAGGACAUGAACGAGUUGGAGCGGCAGUUUCUGGAGCUGCUGCAGUUCAACAUCAACGUGCCGUCCAGUGUCUACGCCAAGUAUUACUUUGACCUGCGAUCGCUGUCGGAGUCCAACAACCUCAGCUUCCCCCUGGAGCCGCUCAGCAGAGACAAGGCCCAGAAACUAGAGGCUAUUUCCAGGUUAUGUGAUGACAGGUACAAGGACGCGCGCAGAGCUGCCAGGAAGCGCUCGGCCAGCACGGACAAUCUGUGUGGGAUUAGAUGGGUCCCUGCAAUCCUCUCCUAACCACCAUUAAUCUGCCAUGUACUGAACAUUGGCACCGGCUGGAUGAGAAAAACCCGAGGAACACACACGAGUGGAAACGUACCGACAUGGCAUGUGCCGAGUUCAGAAAUGUCAGUUUGGAUACCCAGAUAAUACCAAGACGUGGAUCUUGGCGGAACAGUGACUGAAACCUGAGAUCAGCUUCUGGACCUUCACACCGUGGAUUCUGGAGGCGAGAAGGUGAAACCACAUCUGUAGUGAACGUCAGAGGGGCUUUCUGACUUCACCCGAUGCCUUCACAGUGCCUCAACUGUUCUGAUCAUGAAGGAGAGACGGUGUUUCUAUAUCAUCCGUGGGGACAAAUCUAGCUUUGGACCAACUGAGAAAGUCCUGCGAGACUCCAGAAAACUUCCUAGGACGUAGCACCGUGUCUUAAUGUAUCGACGCUCUGUUGAAUGUUCUCGGGGUUUUAUCUAAUUUAAAAGAUGUGACAUAACUUGCCUUUGAGAUGGUCCUGCAACUUAACAGCGAAGCGUAUUAUUUAUUUUCCUUUCAUCAUGUGAGUUGAUCAGUUGCAGCGGCCUGAUUUCAUAAACAGUAGUGUUGCACUGGACUUUGCACCGGUUAUUUAUUUCCUUUGACAUGUCUUAGAAUACCUGAAGUGUUAGCAAGUUUUCUCCUUUGUGAAUAUUUGUAUUCAAGGUUUACAGUAUUUCUAGUGUACCUCUCGAUACUCAGGUAGUCUUCUCACGUUUAAUCUUCUGAUGCUCCGCCAUAUAUACUUUGGCUAUAAACAAAGAUUAUUACAAAGAAAGAAAGAGGACAGAAUAGAUAAUAGAAAAAAGUGACAACAGAUACAUUCCUAUUUUGGGGGACGUGAAUAAUCAAACAAUUACUACCACUUAUGUUUUUCAAGCUGUAACAUGUAAUGAAGGCUGAACCAGCCCUCCUCAGUGCUGCCAUCUAGUGGACAUCUGAGCAUUGAGGGUUAAACUGUACUUUCAGGUUGGAGGGGGGAUUUAAAACAUAUCUAAUUGUGAUUAUAUUGAAUAGUAUUGCAGUUGCGAUAUGGUUUUGCAAUAUUAAAAGGAAUGAUCAUUUUGUUGUUUUCCCAGUAUAACAGAGCAAGAUAACUCAACAUUACAUCUACAGUGCAUUUGGAAAAUAAAAAUAAUCUCCAUUCUUGUGCUCACCA